ACGAACCCUAGCUUUGUACCGCUUUUUUUUAUCUUUUGGUUGAUUUAUCGUGUGUAAGAAACUAACACCCCCGUGGACCCGGCCCUGUGCGAAAAUGCUACGCGUUCACUUCUCCGUAAGAAAGAAGUAUGAUUUGCCUUUGUCUACCAGAAGCUGAUUAUCGAAGUUGUACGAUAAGUAGAGUAGAAGCCUUGGCCUUCACUUCCCACGACUCCUCACGAAGAGCCGGUUGAAUGUCGUUCUGGGCUCUGUCGACUCUAACAAGUGAGGUGGUAUGUUCUAGAGGUAGUUUUUUUCUUGAAAUCGUGGGCGAGGUCGUUGAGAUUUCAUGCGUAGAAGGGCUCAGCUACAUCGCACCGAAGGGAAUGUCGUACUUCCACUUCUAAGCUAAAACUGUACUAGCAAAAGAACUUCAUCAUGGCGACCGUCACGAAUAUGAGCGAGCGAGGCACGCCUGAAGCAUCACAGAACUCGUCCCUCUUUACGUCUAGUGCAGCUGCAUCUUCAUCGGCCUCGCUGCAACUGAACUCGGAACAGGAGCAGCUGCUUGUGCGAGCAUUGGGGCUAUGAUCACAGAAAAGUGUUUACUUAUUCUUUCCGCACCAACGGCAACAGAAACCGACCCAAUAAAUGCUCAAAGUGUAGUUGGCCGAUUACACUAUCACCAGUUGUCUAUGACAAGGUUUGCAUCUUGCAGUAAAAGCUGACCGACAAAAGCACUUCUUGUACACUUGACUUCGAUCAGCUCGAUCAGCCCAUACCGCACUCGGACACGAUUUGUGCCGAGAAAAAAACGAUUCCCGGGAGGCCCGACUCCCUGGCUUUGAGUACUAUGUUUGUUUCGGUCCGGAGGAAGUAACCCUUGGCUUUUCAUUUUCACAAAAGCGGUCGAAGCUGAAGCGGGGCCGCAGUCACCACUGUUACCUGAAGUACUGUUUCGUCUUUCUACUGUUCUGUUUCGCGAUUUUCGCGUGGCAUGGCGCAAAGCUGGUUAUAUUUUUUCCGCAGUCUUUUCCCCCAUCAACCAACCCGAAUGAUCCGGACGGCCGAGACGCGCACUCGAGUGGUAUUUUUUGGAUCCGCGAUUUGCUGCAUUACCUCCAACACCACCGAAAUUUCUUCUUUGGCCCCCAGACCGCCUGGAAAGAGCUGCUGGUGGAAGAGCUUAUUGAGAUUUUCGUCUCACUGCUCUUCAUCCUCGAAACCUAUGGGAUAGGAUAAAGGCGCUAGCAGAGCACCAUAGUUGUCUACAACUUCACGUUGCAGUAAUGAAUGUAUGCUGAAGAAUGAAACAGCUGUAUUGCGCGAGCGCAUAGCACUUCCGUGGACGAACUCAAACUCUCGAGCAUCCGAAAGAGCGUAAGGUUUUUCGUGGCGUCCAAGAUCAGGCACAUAAGUACUCUGGUAGCGAAAAUUUUCGAUUCGACACAUCCUUGUUGGUCUUUCUCCUGUGUGCGCAGGCGUCUUUCUCUCUCUACUUCGCCUUAGACCCACCACACACGCGGCGGGAUUUUUUCAUCGCGUGCUGCUGCUUUUUGUCGAUACUCUACGGCGUUUCAGUGCUCCACAACUUCGACGCAGGAACCGCGGAGGUGGUACCUUAUGAACUGGAAAUAAAUCUGUCUUACCACAGAGAUAGCUGAGAGUAAGUGAUACUACUAUGGUACCCUUAUGGGAUAGUUCAAAAGAGAGCAUGUCUUCGCUUUCCUGCACGGAAUAAAAGACGCGACAGUCUGAGCGCGAAUACGAUUUGCAUUUUCCGAAAUACGAUUUAUGGCGUUAGCGUCACCACUGGAUAAGAGGAUUUUUUUCUAUGUGAUACUCUCCUAAACCUGUUCUGGGCCUGCGUCGACACGUAUGAAAAGAGAAAAAUCAUCUGUUGCCAUCCCGCUGUCCUCCUUGCGUUGUAUGCAGCUUGAUAAAUUGACUUGCAAGUAUACGAUGGACCGAACGAAACGGUACACACUCGUCCAUUUUUUUCCAUCUGUGUACUUAUGGAGAAGUUUCAUCCACAGAAAAGAAACGACAAGAAAAACAAGGAGGCGGUUACAACUCAACAGACGUCUUUCCCUUUGAUUAUCCAGCGUUGGCUUUGCCGGUGUUUUUCCUGCGCCUGCUGAUCUUGCCGAUGCGGUUCCUCUUCGUUUGGAAGCGCAUACGAGGCGCGCGAGAAGUGUUGGUGUCCUCGCCGGUGGACUUUUCGCUGUCCCUCAUGGCGGAGCACGACGAGCAGCUGCAGCAAAGCAGUAACAGAUCACUGCCACGAGAGCAUGGCCAUCAUGGGGAAACAGAAGAAGAUAGAAAUCGCGAGCUGAGAACUGGAGAGGUACAACACGCAGAGGUCGAUCGAGAUAUUACGGACCUUUCGGUCUACGGUACUGACUUCGCGCUGAAAGUUAGUCCUGGUACGUCGAAACUACACAUCACUUCAAACAAGACUGGAUACGCGGGCGAGGCCGGGCGAUUUGCUUCGGCAAACAGUCGCAGUGCGAGCAGUGGUGUUGCGAGCGGUCCUACACAAAAUGAGAACCACAGUCGUGCAGCGUCUCCGUUCCUCCGGAGUGUGUUGAACUCUUAAGUUUUCCUUCGGUUCAGUAUAAAAAAAAUUAGGAAGAAACACAUACAGCAGUAAAACGGAUUUGUUUCGUCCAUUUCGGUAUUGUUGGGAAACCAAAAUAAAAAAAUGCUGAUGAUGUAGUAUAUUCAUCGACAGGCGGCCGAUAUGUCUAUGUGCAACAUUUCUCGUGCUCAUCGCAAGG